UUAAUCUUCGAUACUAAUUUCCUGCUCGAUCAUCUCCCGAUAGUGGACGGCUUUCGUGGGGUGCCAGUGCCCCAUCAGCUAAUUAUUCCCAACCAGGUCAUUAAGGAGCUUGACGGGCUCAAAUCAUCCGACUCCCACGUCUCUGGGGCAGCGCGCAGGGCCAUCGACUGGAUCUACGGGUUUCUGCACAACAACGACCAUAUCUUGCGGGUUCAGCGACUACACGAGAGAAUUGACCGCGAAGCCGUCCAGGACGACGCUAUCCUGGACGCCUGUCUAUUUUUCGGGUCAGAGAACAUGGUUGUGCUUUUUUCCAACGACAAAAACCUGUGUGUCAAGGCUCUGGCCCAUGGCGUGCUUACUGUGUCCUACCGUAAAGACAUGACCUUGCAAACGAUCAUUGACCGUCUGGUAGCAGAGUUCUCGCGGGUCAAUGGCGACGUGAUGGAGCUCGAAGUGGAGAGGGACGACAGACAGGUCGCGGCGGACAAUGUCUACUCGCAGGUACACACUCUUGUCGUGGAGGCGAUAGAGCACGUACUAAGACAGGAAUUUGGAGACGAUUUCGACAUGAUAGACUACGACCCUUCGAAACAGCAUUCGUUGCGAGACUGUUGCUACACACUGAAACACUACAGCGUGUCCACCUUUGGGAACUACUUCCGCAACGUCGGUAUCAAUCCGCUAAAGUUACUCAAAGACAAGCAUAGCAUAGCAGAAUAUUCCAGCAAGCCUCAGUCGGGCGAGCAGCUGUCCGAGUUUAUCGAGUUCUGGAUCAUCGUGUUGGAGGGGCUGUAUAAGAAGCGCAGUAGCGAGCAGAAGGGGGCAUUAAAGAUGGUCAUUGAUGCGUGGCGC